GUUAGGUGUGAGAGUAGAAAUAGUGAGGUUAAUAAUUCGUGCUGCGGAAUCAAAGUAAUUCUCGUAAAAACUGUUAAGCAUUUGUACACAGUGUAUCGCGGAUUAAUACAUCUGGGCAGUGUGGCGUUGCGGUGUUGUUGCGAUGUUUUCCCACAAAUCCCGAACGCUGCCGGUAUAACGAUCUCUUUACAAAGAAAUCGUGACCAAAGUAUCCAAUACGGCAGUAUCGAGUGGUCUCUUUCGUUCUUAAUUAAGAACGAAGGAGACCACUCAAUAUUGACGUAUGGGAUACUUCAGUCACGGAAGUAGCUAAUUCGGUUCUUUCGUUGAUUAACCGGAAGAGAAAAUACACGAGCGCUGCUGUUUGUAACCCUGCGUCCUACUCAUUAGCACGCACUGUUAAUGACAGCCGGAAUGCGCCGCUUUCCAAUUUUGAGCAAGCCAUGAGAUUAUAAAAUUAUCCACAUCUUGAACUGCUGAAGUACUGCAACGAGAAGGCAUAUAUCUCACUGGAAAAUGUUCCUCUCAAGCAAUUGCAAGGUCACAUGCCGAUAUGCAGACACGUAGCAUUUCAUCAUGGUAGUUUUAAUGCUGUUCGCUAACAAUUCCAUUUCCAACAAUUCCGCUGCCAUUUUCGAAAACCAAAGUUCGUUAGUACCAGCCUGGAUAAUUUACUCAACCACGCUGCAAGUCUGGGUCGCGAUAAUUGGAAUUCUGGCGAUCAUUGGCACUUCUCUCAAUGUGCCAUUAUUUGUCACCAUCGCCACCGGCAGUAAACUGAAUACCGGAUCGGGCGCGUUAAUUGCGCAUCUGUUGUUUAUUGAAUCGAUGCUGUGUUCUGUAUGGAAUCCCAUUAUCUGCAUCUCCAUGUACACAGCCCAUAUAAAACCAUUGUCCCACACAUUCUGCCAGUAUGCACUCUUCGGCUACUAUAUUUUUCUGCACUGCGCUAAUUGGUCAACGCUGCUCUUGGCCAUUAACCGAUUUGUCGCCAUCAUGUUUCCCCACCAGUACAGCAAAGUUUCGAGUAAACCAGCGCUUUUAUUCAGCAUGUCUUUCGGUUGGAUGGUAGCCAUUGGUUUUAAUCUACCGGGAUUUCUUGGUGUGAGUGGGGAUUACGUGCCCAUUCCGCCGUGGGGCGGGUGUGGGACAAAGGUCACCGCGCAAUUCGCCUGGUUUAACGCGCUGCUGACCGGUGUACUGACAUCCAUUCCGGUUUCGGGAGUGGGUCUAGCGUAUAUUGUCAUGUUCGUCAAAAUCGGUGUGGUGUGGUGUCGAAAUCGCAAUGCGGUUGUCACAAAGCAGAAGGACGAUAGUAGCGCGGGCGCCCGCCACGAUCGUAGCGUGCUGCAGAAAAGACGUUUCGACAGCGCCAAAAUGUUAUUUAUUUCGUAUCUGUGGUAUUCGUUGUGUUAUUUACCGGCGCCCAUUGCAUCAAGCGUCUAUCCCCAAGCUUAUGCUUCGAUGCCUGCUUUGCAGUUGGCGCUCCGCGGAGUUUUAUUAAUGGGAUACGCUUUUAAUCCAGUCAUCUAUAUUGCCAUGAAUUCGGAAUACCGCAAACGACUUUUUAAGCUUCUCCACAUCACUGGCGACCACUUCACCAGCCAUCCAACCCGAACCGCUACCGUAGCCAAGAGCCAAGUUGAUUCUGCAUGGACUGGCAGAGAUUAGCUGAUUCAAUGGGACUCACUCGUCUGCAUCUGCGGCCUACGCCAUCGACCAGAUUAAGCUAUUUCGCUCAGCGCGCUUAUACUUUUAAUUAUGUUAUUACAAUACAGUUUAGACUGUUUACAAUCAUGUAUAGUGGCUCGGACCGGAAAUACAGAAUUUUUA